CCGUCGCUGAGAGCCAAUAGGAGGAGGGCUCUUUGUGGACUCACGCGCGACACGGAACAUGGCUCCGCCGGCUCGGUACUGCGUGCCCGGCGAGCGGCUGUGCAGCACGGAAGAGGCCUCGGCGGGCAGCGGGACCUACGCGCGGCAUGGCUCCAUCUUCGCCUCGCUGGCCGGCUGCCUGCAGAAAUGUGCCGAGGGCGGCGGGCUGCCCGUGGUGUCGGUGGUGCGGGACUCGGAGGCGCAGCUGCUGCCCGGCGUGGGGGCCGUGGUGACCUGCAAGGUGUGCAGCAUCAACUCCCGGUUUGCCAAAGUGAACAUCCUGUAUGUUGGCUCCACACCGCUGAAAUCCACCUUUCGCGGCACCAUACGGAGGGAAGACAUUCGAGCCACUGAGAAGGAUAAGGUAGAAGUCUACAAGAGUUUUCGUCCUGGUGACAUAGUUCUAGCCAAAGUUAUCUCACUGGGGGAUGCACAGUCCAACUACCUGCUGAGCACAGCAGAGAAUGAGCUGGGCGUGGUAGUGGCACGCAGCGAGGCAGGGGUGCAGAUGGUUCCUAUCAGCUGGUGUGAGAUGCAGUGCCCACAGACACACACCAAGGACUUCCGUAAGGUGGCCCGCGUGCAGCCGCAGUUCCUGCAGACCUAGCAGCCCCCUCAGGGGCACGGGGACCCCAGGAGGGAGGGCUGCUGUGGUGGGGUCCAGCAGCUUCCAUGCAGCUCCACACUUGAGAGACUGGAACAGCAGGAUCGAUUUUGUAUUUGUGCUGUAGGUAAUAAAUGUUUUUUCUUUUUUGAGA